AUGGUGAAGCCCCUGUCGUUCAAGGGCGACAAGAAGCCCAAGAAGAGAAAGCGCACCGAUGCUGAGGCGCAGGAGCGUGAUGUCCAAGGUGGUGACGUUGCCCGCGCCAGCGGCGCCACGGGACAGAAUGCGAACGUGAACGCCGACGAUGACGACGACAGCUGGGUGUCUGCCGACGCUGUGGCGGAUGUCGUUGGUCCCGUCAUGUUCGUCCUGCCGACAGACCCUCCUACGGCGCUGGCGUGCGAUGCCGUCGGUAAGGUGUUUACGUUGGGCAUUGAGAACAUUGUCGACGCGAACCCGGCGACAGCGGAGCCACACGACGUGCGACAAGUUUGGGUCGCGAACAGGAUAGCCGGGACGGAACAAUUCAGAUUCAAGGGCCACCACGGACAGUACCUCGGGUGCGACAAAAACGGCGUCUUGUCUGCGACUUCGGCCGCGGUCUCGCCGCUCGAAUCGUUCAACAUCAUUGUGACAGCGGGCACACCCGGCACGUUCCAGAUCCAGACCCUGCGCGACACUUUCCUUGUGAUCAAGCCACCGAAGCCCAACGUCACGUCGCAUGAUGUCCGAGGCGACGAGGAUUCCAUUACGUUCAAUACCACCUGGCGCAUCCGGAUGCAGGCGAGGUUCAAGCCGCGACUAAAGGCGAGCAAGGAGGAGAAGGCAAAGGAGAAGAUCAGUCGCAAGGAGCUCGAGGAGGCUGUGGGCCGCAGGCUGGAGGACGACGAAGUGAGGAAGCUGAAGAGGGCGAGGAGGGAGGGCGACUACCAUGAACAGCUGCUCAUGUUGAAGGUCAAGGGCAAACAUGACAAGUAUGGCUAA